AUGGUGGAAAUUACCUAUGCCAUGCAGAUAUCCUACCAAGAUGAGAAGGCCAUUGUGAUUCCACCAGAACUGGUGGUGGAUGGUCCAGAUGGCACCAAGUUUCUGAGAAUCAGAUCCACUGCCCUUCCCAUCGUUCAACUGAUUUGUGGGACCAAGGUGACCAAAAAUGCAUCCCUUGCAUCUUGCCCAGCCCUAUCCAACUUGGUUUCCAUGAGGAAUUCCAAGUAUGAUGAAGCAGGCGACCCACAAGAUCCAGACAUUGACCUAUUCUUUCAAGGGCCAGUCUCUCCAAAAAAGAAACCCAGAAGGAGGACCUUCCAAGAGGACCAAGUGCUGGCCAUUACUGUUGAGGACAAGCCCAUUGAAGUCUUGAUGACUGGCCAAAGGCCCAGGGCCACAGAUUUGUUGGUCAAGAUUGAUGCCACCCAGCUGACCACAGUGAUCGAGUAUUUGAGGCAGGACAGCCAUGAGGUAGGAGUGAAGAAGUCCAUGCUGCAGGGUGCCAUUUGCAUUGAGAUGAGCACCCAAGAGCCCAACAG